CGGCCGGAGUCCUCAGGUACUGCGCGUGCGUUGCGGCCCGCUCUGUGUGCGCCGCCUUCCUCGCCCUGAGAGGGCGGGCCUUCCGCUUGGCAGAGGCGGGCACCUCACCUGCGACGCGGGGGUAGCGUUCCUGUGCAGCUCUUCCAACUUUAGUGGGUUGGUUACCUGGGAGUGUAGCGGCGGGACAGUCUUCUCUCCUUUACGAGACACAGUCCUUGUCAUGUCGAACUCGCGGCUCAGGGCCCGCCGGGGCGCCGGAGAUGGCUCCGGGGCCGCCGGGCGGGACGAGCUGGUGUCGCGGUCCUUGCAGAGCGCAGAGCACUGUCUGGGCGCCCAGGACUUCGGCACCGCGUACGCGCAUUACCUCCUGGUGCUCAGCCUGGCGCCGGAGCUGAAGGACGCCGUGAAGGAAACUUUUCAGUAUACACUGUUCCAGUGGGCUGAAGAGCUUGAUGCCCUCAAUCGAAUACAAGACUUACUUGGUUGCUAUGAGCAGGCCUUGGAACUGUUUCCUGAUGAUGAAGUGAUCUGCAAUAGUAUGGGGGAACAUCUCUUCAGAAUGGGCUUUAGAGAUGAAGCAGCUGGGUAUUUUCAUAAAGCAGUGAAGCUAAACCCUGAUUUCAGUGAUGCAAAGGAGAAUUUUUAUCGUGUUGCAAACUGGUUGGUGGAACGCUGGCACUUUAUCAUGCUUAAUGACAGGAAGAGGAAUAUGAUUUAUCAUGCUGCAAUCCAAAAGGCAGUUUCUUUGGGGUCCAAAAGUGUUCUGGACAUUGGAGCAGGAACUGGAAUUCUGAGCAUGUUUGCUAAAAAAGCUGGAGCACAAGCAGUGUAUGCCUGUGAAUUAUCCAAAACAAUGUAUGAACUUGCCUGUGAUGUAGUGGCUGCAAACAAGAUGGAAGCAGGGAUAAAACUCCUACAUAUGAAGUCACUUGACAUACAGAUUCCAACACACAUUCCUGAAAGAGUGUCCCUAGUUGUAACAGAAACUGUCGAUGCAGGUUUAUUUGGAGAAGGAAUUGUGGAGAGUUUGAUUCAUGCAUGGGAGCAUUUGCUUUUGCAGCCAAAGAUCAAAGGUGAAAGUGGUAAUUGUGAGAAGUAUGGGAAAGUUAUACCAGCAAGUGCUGUUAUAUUUGGGAUGGCAGUAGAGUGUGCAGAGAUAAGAAGACAUCAUAGAGUGGGUAGUAAGGACAUUGCUGGUAUUCAUUUGCCAACAAAUAUGAAAUUUCAGAGUCCUGCCUAUUCUUCAAUAGAUACUGAAGAAACGGUAGAACCUUAUACAACUGAAAAGAUGAGUCGAGUUCCUGGAGGAUAUUUGGCUCUGACAGAAUGCUUUGAAAUUAUGAAGGUAGACUUCAACAAUCUUCAGGAAUUAAAAAGUCUUGCAACCAAAAAACCCGAUAAGCUUGGUGUUCCUGUCACGAAAGAAGGCACACUCGAUGCUAUUGUAGUUUGGUUUGUGCUCCAGCUUGAUGAUGAACACAGUUUGUCCACAAGUCCUAGUGAGGAAACGUGUUGGGAGCAGGCUGUGUACCCUGUGCAAGAACUUACAGAUUAUAGGGUAAAGCCUGGGGCCCAUGUUACAAUGGAAGUAUCUUGUCAAGACUGUUACCUCAGAAUCCAGAGUAUCAGUGUUUUGGAUUUGGAACAUAAAAUGGAAGUUUCAAAAAGUUGUACCAAGGAUAAAGACUUACUGUCUUUAGGAAAUGAGGCUGAACUCUGUAGCGCUCUGGCGAACCUUCAGACCAGUAAAUCAGAAGGUGCAGAGCAGACAUGUGUGUUGGAACCCACAGAAAUUGCUUUACUUAACAACAUACCAUAUCAUGAAGGCUUUAAAAUGGCAAUGAGAAAAGUGUUGUCUUCAUUGACCCCAGAGAAAUUGUGUCAGGUCAUGGAUGAGAUGAGCUCUGAAACUGGACAGAAUACUACUACCGCGAGAACCCCUGAACCUUUCUAUGUGCUGGAUGUGUCUGAAGGCUUCUCUAUUCUGCCUAUAAUUGCGGGGACACUUGGGCAGGUGAAGUCUUACAGUUCUGUGGAGAAAGACCAACAUCGGAUUGCUCUAGACCUCAUCUCGGAAGCCAGUCACUUUCCUAAAGAAACACUUGAGUUUUGGCUGAGACAUGUGGAGGAUGAAUCUGCUGUCUUGCAAAGGCCUAAGUCAGACAAAUUGUGGAGCAUAAUUAUAUUGGAUGUCAUUGAGCCAUCUGGGCUCAUUCAGCAGGAAAUAAUGGAAAAAGCUGCAAUAUCCAGGUGUUUACUACAACCUGGAGGGAAGAUCUUUCCUCAGUAUGUGCUGAUGUUUGGGAUGCUUGUGGAAUCACAGAUGCUGGUGGAAGAGAAUGCUGUUCAAGGAACAGAACGUACUCUUGGGUUGAACAUAGCACCUUUUAUCAACCAGUUUCAGGUGCCUAUACGUGUAUUUUUGGACCUGUCCUCGUUGCCCUGUGUACCUUUAAGCAAGCCAGUGGAACUCUUAAGACUAGAUUUAAUGACUCCGUAUCUGCACACAUCCAACAGAGAAGUAAAGGUACACAUUUGUAAAGCUGGACAAGUGACUGCUAUUCCCUUCUGGUAUCAUAUGUACCUUGAUGACGAGAUUUGGUUGGAUACAUCAAGUGAAGCCUCCCACUGGAAACAAGCGGCAGUUGUUCUAGAGAAUCCCAUCCAGGUUGAAGUGGGAGAGGAACUCGUUCUUAGUGUCCAGCAUCACAAGAGCAAUGUCAGCAUCACUGUCAAACAAUGAGGAGCAGCUUUCUACUGAAAACAUCAUUUAGACCAUCAAGUACAAAAUUCCUGUUUGAAUUGCUGGGCUUAUAGUCAUCAAAUGUAUAAAAUCUAAUUCUUUGUAAUGAUCGGAUAUUUUUCAAAAGUGACAUUAAGAAAGCACAUGCAAAAGAUUCUAAAUUAAAUAGCGUUAUUUUUAUAUUAUUGCUGCAAACUUGUUUUCUGGAAAAGGAUACAUCAUUAGUUUUUCAAAUUAGUAAACCACGUUUCUUUAUAGAGAUUUUAAAUCAGUAAGUAAAGCAAUGUUAUAAUUUUUUAGGCAUCUUGACUUACAAUUGGGAGACAUUUAACAGAAGGCCUCCACAAAAGACUUGGGAUUAUGCUUACCUGUAAAUCCCAACCCUACUUCUUUUAAGUACUCAGAAUGUACUUAAAGACUAAGAGUUGGGAAGAAAUACAUCAUUAGGAGGCAUUUUUUUUCUGAUCUGUUUCAGUACAGAAAAAUUAAAAGGCUAAUAAAAUUAAAAGACUAAUUCAAACCAGUAUGUUUGACUUGGAUGCAAAAUAAGAAAGAAGGAAAGAAAAGAAAUCCCACUUCAAUAGACUUUCAAAAUAGGGAAAUAAAACUGUCAUACCUUUUAUAUUCUGUAAAUGUUUUAUAAGCCACAGAGAUGUUUCUUUGUUCUGUUUGUUCUCAUUCUCUCUAUUCCUGCAUUACCCAGCUUCUUUUAAAUAAAUUUUAGUUUAUACUUAAGAUA